AAGGAAAUAUUCCAGCCCUGGUGACUCAUGAGCACUGACCUGAUCUGAAUCUGCUUAAAAAGUCUCUGACCUUGAAGUUUUCACUGUGGAAUAGUUUCAUGUAGAAGGACAAAAAGAGAGCAGAGAAGAUACCACCGAUGAAUCAUCUGUUCUUAUUAUCAGUCGCUUCAGUGAUGACUGGAUGAGUAGAUAGAGCCCAGAGCUAUAAGCCAACUUGGCAGCUGGCAGUUUGUUUGCAAGCAGCUACUGUGCAACUGUGAAGCCCUGCUAGAUGAAGCGGAGCUGCUGUGAUGGUUCUUAUAAUCCCAUUUUCAGCAGAAACAUUCAAAUAAAGAUAUUUUUUGCCUGUUUGGAGAAUAGGCAUUUCCUGUCUUCCCUGUGGGUGAACCUUCACAAGAGGUUCGUCUUCACAGAAAUGGUGCUUUGCCCUCCUGUUGGUUGGCAUUUCAUUUCGUAGGUCCAUUGUGUGGCUUCUCCAGCCUGAAAUUCCAGAUUGUCUUUUUUACAUGGAUGCCUGCCUUGUAGUAGAGGAAUUGCAGCACAGCAUCCCUAGCAGAAGCUGAAAAUGGAUGACUCCUACUGAUGCUUUUUGACAAUUCAUCUCUUCCUUUCCUGAUUGACAUGGGUGAAAUGAUUAUUGGGAAAAAGAAUUAAAAAUAAGACCCAGUGACAUAAUUAUCUAUCGACUCCCCUUGCCCCAAGUGUGAAACCAUCAGAAGAAAUGACCACUCAACCAGCAGAGGAGUCUGUGGAGCCCCAGAGCUCAGAUGAGCUCGAGUGCAAGAUCUGCUACAACCGCUAUAACCUGAGACAGAGGAAACCAAAGGUGCUGGAGUGCUGUCACCGAGUAUGUGCCAAAUGCCUCUGCAAGAUCAUAGACUUUGGAGACUCUCCUCAAGGAGUCAUAGUGUGCCCGUUCUGUCGGUUCGAAACCUGCCUGCCAGAUGACGAGGUUAGCAGUCUUCCUGAUGACAACAACAUCCUUCUGAAUUUAGCUUGCGGGGGAAAGGGGAAGAAGUGCCUGCCAGACAACCCAACAGAACUGCUGCUCACCCCCAAAAGGCUGGCGUCCCUGGUUAGUCCCUCUCACACCUCUUCCAACUGCCUGGUUAUAACGAUCAUGGAAGUACAACGAGAAAGCCCCCAGACCCUGAACUCAACGCCCGUGGUGGAGUUUUACAGGCCGACGAGCUUUGACUCUGUUGCAACUGUAUCCCACAACUGGACCGUGUGGAACUGCACAUCUUUGCUCUUCCAGACUUCAAUUCGGGUGCUAGUUUGGUUGCUAGGGCUGCUGUACUUUAGUUCCUUGCCCUUAGGGAUUUACUUGCUGGUAUCUAAGAAAGUCACCCUUGGGGUUGUCUUUGUAAGCCUCGUUCCUUCAAGCCUUGUCAUUCUUAUGGUUUAUGGCUUCUGCCAGUGUGUUUGUCACGAAUUUCUGGACUGCGUGUCUUCUUGAUGACAAAUAACAGUGAAAUAAGAUGUGUUGCCAUCUAUGUAGCAUAGUUAAUUUAGCCUUUCUUAGUAUUAUUUAUUCAUAUUAUUGUACAUCCCACUAAACGGAAGCAAUGUCUCUACUUUUAUGGUCCUUUUAUUUCUAUUUGGUUUUUGAUUUGAUAUUUAUUAUCUUCUCAAGUUUUUUUUUUAAAAAAGCUAACUAAUGGAAAUAAAAUCUAUGGGCUGAUUUUAAAAGGCCAUAUUGUAGAGAGGGAUCAAGCAAAAUUGCCAAACUUGAUGCCUGCUGCACCGCCCUUAGUCAAAUAAGUAACCAUUUGCCUUCCGUUGGCUUCCUCACGUGAGUCAAGACUGCAGGAUCGGUCCUGGAAGAAAGGAGUACAUGGGGCAGCCUGUAGGUCAAAGGAGGGCAUCUCUCCAGCCAAAGCAUCUCAUGCUUCGAAGUAGCUGUUAUUUUUAGCUGCUAGUGAAUUAAAUCACUUUCUUAGUAGUAUAAAAAGAGUAAGAAACUUUAAUAUUGCUUUUUCCAGUUCUUAUUACAGCAGAAAUAUUUGUGGGAGACCAGUGAUUAUGGACUCCUGCAUCUUGGGCAUGGGGAAUAUAAUUUUUCCCC